CAGAUGAAUGAGUGCUGAGAGGGCUCAGCAAACUGCACCUAUUGCUCUGCCCCAAGUCAUACUGCUGACUCCUGUGCUUUUGAGCGGUGUAACACUGCAGCUGCCCAGCUGGGGGAGACACUUGAGCGGUACUAAAGUGUCAUUGUGUGAGCAGGAUGGUGCAGGUGGAGGUUCCCAUUCCAUUGAUAGCAAACUCUUAGCGGUACCUGAUGGGACAGGUGAGUGGGUUGAGCCGACUGAGUUUCAGGUUUUGAGUGGAAAUGGAACUGAGUGUUCUGAGUUUGACAUCUACGCCUGGAUGCCCAAUGGUCCUUCCACCAUGAGGAAGCCUCCCCCCACCACUAAGGGCACCACCACCUACCAGAGGAUCCUGGAGACGUUACCAGUCAUAAACACCACCGCUACAGCCAUGGUGGCUGUCAGCCUCCUCAGUAAGGAGCCACAUGAUCGGAACCCAUUGGGAAAAUACAGAAACAAUCAGUUUGUUGAAGACGUGCCAAAGAAAUGCAUUGAGCGAUUCAGGGAAAAGUUAUCUGAGAUUUCCCAGCAAAUCAAACAAAGGAACAAGACCAAGAGGCUGACGUACCAUUACCUGGAUCCGGAGGAAAUCGAGUGCAGCGUCUCCAUUUAGUGAGACCCCCGAGGAGUCUCUUUGCACUUCCUGCAUUUUCUUUUCUGCUUUUCUACUGAGUAAUAAAUAAACAUGUGGCAAGUGGG